AUGGCCACCCCCAGUGUUCUCACCUUUGACGGUGAGGGUCGGGCUGUUGACUUUGAGGUCUGGGUAGAUGAUCUGCAGCUUUUUCUACAGUGCGAUAGGGCAGACGGUCUCUCCCUCUUUGACCUCACUUCUGGUGCCUCUCCUGCCCCUACUGCUGAUGCUGACGCCACUGUUCGCUCACAGUGGGCCACGCGCGAUGGUGCUGCCCGCCUUGCUGUGCGCCGCCACUUACCGACCGUUGAGCGCGCGCAUUUUAGUCAGUACAAGAGUGCUAAGACCUUGUACGACGCUAUAGUUGCACGCUACUCUUCCCCUGCCACUGCUGCUCUUAGCCGCCUCAUACUGCCGUUCCUCUUCCCUGACCUCCCUGCUUUUCCCACAGUCGCUGACCUCGUUACACACCUUCGCACUAGUGACAUUCACUACCGCGCUGCGCUUCCUGCUGAGUUGGGUGCUCCCCCUCCCCCCUCUUGCCCUCUGUUGCCUCUGCUGCUGCGGCCGACCUCGUUGGUCUUGAGUCGGUCGGCACGGCGUCUGCCCCUAGCGGGAGACACCGCUCAGGCAAGGGCAAGGGGGGCAAGGGCGCUGGAGGAGCUGGCGGGGGCGGUGGAGGCGGCGGUGGAGGCGGCGCAGGGGGUGGGGGUGGCGGUGGGAGUGGUGCCGGGGGUGGGGGCGCUAGUGGCAGCAGUGGAGGCGGAGGAGGCGGCGGUGGUGGCGGUGCGGGCGGAGGUGGCGGAGGUGGAGGCAGUGGUGGAGGUAGCGGCGGUGGAGGUGGAGCUGGUCGGGGCGGCGCUACGCAGAGGGUCGGCUCCGGUGGUGGUCAGCGCCAGCAGCAGCAGCAGCAGCAGCGCACUCGUGAGACCCCUUCCCCCCAGCAGCUUCGUGAGUGGUACACUACUCGUCAGCGAGGUGGGGGUGCUGGCCCCUGUACCUACGUUCUACGUACCGGCGAACGCGCGAAUAAGCAGUGUGGGGUUCCGCACUCCACCCAGCGCUGCUUCGGCCGCCUGA